AGUAAUUAACGUGUUUGAUCCAAUUGGGCCACCAAAACACCCAAUUUCAAAACCGGGUUAGGGUUCCUAUACAAUCAAAACCCGUCUCAUCAAUUCACUCUCACUGUCGUUACAUCUCGUUGCUCUUGCCUUCAAUCUCGCCUCUCUCAACACAGAACUUGAAGAAAAAAAUGGCAGUCACAUUCUAUAACCUUAAAGCUGAAUCUGGCUUGAAGAAGCUUGACGAGUACCUUCUCUCACGCAGUUACAUCACUGGGUACCAAGCUUCAAAGGAUGACAUCACUGUCUAUUCAGCUUUGCCAUCAGUUCCAUCAUAUGAAUAUGGGAAUGUUGCUAGGUGGUACAAGCACAUUGAUGCUUUGUUGAGAAUUUCUGGUGUUUCUGGUGAGGGAUCUGGUGUCACCGUGGAAUCUUCUCUUGUGGCUGAAGAUGCUGUUGCCACUCCUCCAGUUUCUGACACAAAGGCUGCUGAAGCCGAGGACGAUGAUGAUGACGAUGUUGAUUUGUUUGGCGAAGAGACUGAGGAAGAGAAGAAGGCAGCUGAGGAACGGGCAGCAGCUGUGAAGGCAUCUGGCAAAAAGAAAGAAAGUGGAAAAUCAUCUGUACUGUUGGAUGUGAAGCCAUGGGAUGAUGAAACCGACAUGAAGAAGCUCGAAGAAGCAGUGAGAUCUGUUCAGAUGGAAGGGUUGUUCUGGGGUGCAUCCAAACUUGUUCCUGUUGGGUACGGUAUCAAGAAACUUCAAAUUAUGCUUACUAUUGUGGAUGAUCUUGUUUCCGUCGACGAUAUGGUUGAGGAUCGUCUUACUGCUGAGCCAAUCAAUGAGUAUGUCCAGAGCUGUGACAUUGUUGCCUUCAAUAAAAUCUAAUCUGCCAUUCGUAUGGCAUGGAGAUCAUGGUAGUGGGCAGACAUUGCAAUUAUUAGAAAUGAGAAUCAAGUGAUAAUAUUAUCCUGAGAUGAGAUUUUUGUUUUUGGGAACUUACUUGUUGUUGCUGUCAUUUGAUGAUAUUUUUGUCUCUGUGAUUUGAUCACCAUUAUCUGGAUUGUGUUAUAAUUAUUUAAGGUGCCGUGUUUUUUAAGCUAUGA